GUCGACCCUCUGCAGCUAACCGCCGCUACAGGAGGAAGAGGAGGAAGAGGGGGAAGGAAACACGGAGCUGAGGAGGAACUGAACGAUGAAGAAAAGACUCUGAGGUGUUUUUUAUCUGCUUUUUUUAAAAAACACACCACCAUGAUCCGGAUCCUGAGUCGAGCGGCUCCUCAGGCCGCGCUGCAUCACGUGCUGAGCGACGUGAGCUGCAGACUGCACAGCACACAUGACGUGGCCGUGGUGGGCGGGGGCAUCGUGGGCUUGGCCACAGCCCGAGAGCUCAUUCUGCGACACCCGUCCCUCAGCUUCAUCCUGGUGGAGAAAGAGAAGGAGCUCGCCAUGCACCAGAGUGGACACAACAGUGGAGUCAUUCACAGCGGGAUCUACUACACGCCGGGGUCGCUGAAGGCCCGUCUGUGUGUGCGAGGAGCCACUUUAGCCUACGAGUACUGCGACAAGAAAGGACUCCCUUACCAGAGAUGUGGAAAGCUCAUUGUGGCUGUGGAGCAGGAGGAGAUCCCCCGACUGAAAGCUUUGCAUGAGCGUGGGAUUAAGAACAAUGUGCGAGACCUCAGUAUGAUCGACGGCAAGGCCAUCCGAGAGCGAGAGCCUUACUGCAGAGGCAUCAUGGCCUUGGACUCUCCCUACACCGGCAUCGUGGACUGGAGAAUGGUGGCUCUGCAGUACGGCAAAGACUUUGAGGAGGCAGGCGGCACGGUGGUGACCGAUUAUGAAGUCAAAGACAUUUCCAUGGUCAAGGAGAGCUCAGCUGGAAGCACUGAAGGAAUGAAGUAUCCAAUUGCAAUCAAAGACAACAAGGGUAACGAGGUGCGGUGUCGUUAUGUCCUGACCUGUGGAGGUCUGCACUCAGACCGCCUGUCGCAGAUAUCUGGCUGCAGUCGGGAGCCGCGGAUCGUCCCCUUCAGGGGAGACUACUUGGUCCUGAAGCCAGAGAAACACUACUUGGUCAAAGGAAACAUCUACCCUGUUCCUGAUCCCCGUUUCCCCUUCCUGGGAGUUCACUUCACCCCCCGGAUGGAUGGAAGCGUUUGGCUCGGGCCUAACGCGGUGCUUGCCUUCAAAAGGGAGGGCUACAAAGUGUACGACUUCAACGCCAAAGACUUUGUAGAUGCACUCUCAUUCAGGGGCCUUCAGAAGCUGGUGUUGAAGAACAUAAAGUAUGGGAUGGGAGAAAUGUACAGAGGCGUUUUCAUCGGUGCGCAGGUUAAAAUGCUGCAGAAGUACAUUCCUGAAAUCUCGCCGAGUGACGUGCUCAGGGGUCCGGCAGGAGUCCGAGCUCAAGCCCUCGACCGGGACGGCAACCUUGUGGACGACUUCGUGUUUGAUGGCGGCGUUGGGGACGUGGGCAGCCGGGUGCUCCACGUGCGUAACGCUCCCUCGCCAGCGGCCACCUCCUCCCUCGCCAUCGGUGAGAUGAUCGCAGACGAGGUGGAGGGCCGCUUCUCGCUGUAGAGAAGUAUGGUGGUCGCUAGGAGGAAAACAGGAAAACCAAACAAUGCAACGUGAAACUGAAAUGUUUUAUCAAACUGUCACUGCAUCAGCAGCAUCAUGAAGCUUUUUAUAACAAGUUAAGCCUUAAUCAAGGGGAGGUGGGGGGGGAUGUGACCUUACAUAUCUGUGACUUAAUUACAUUUUCAGACUGUUUUUACUUAAGCUACUUCAGGUUGUAUAAUAUGUCUAUUCCACCACUUUUCACAGUAAAAAUCUAUUUUUCUUAAGUUACUCUUAAUAAAAGUGAAAGUUUUUUUUAGCUCCAAUGAAUUGAUCAUCAGUAUGAAACUUUAAAAACGGAAAAAUAUAAAUACACAAACAAGUUGAAUUGAAUGUGAACUUUUUUGGGGGGGGAAUUACCACUUUUUGUCUGGUUGUGUUUCUCAGCUGCUGAGUCUAUGAUAACAGUUUAUUUCUGUCGUUUGAAUAUUGCACUUCCUACAGUUAAAUGAGCUUCAGUCCAAAUCAAUUUUGAAACACUUUUAGGCAAACAAUGUAAAUUAUACAGCACAUAAAAACUUUAAAAUUUAGAUAUUUACAUUUUUUAAAUGUAGAUUUAAAAUUAGAUAUAUAUUUGUUAACGCUGUGCGUUACCUCAUUUUGGAAGGUAACGCACAGUUUAUGAAGAAAGACAGUUUGUUUUAUCAGGAUCAAAUAUUCUACUUUAAUCACAUUAUAUGACGACAACCUGAGAAAACCUGUUUUUAACGUGUGUUUGAGGAGAUCUCAUAUAAUUCUACUACAAUCUGCACUUUGUUGUAGUUGCAGAUGCUUCACAUGUUAAAAAAUUGUCAUAUUAUCAACCCGUUCACUUCCUCUCAUUUUUUUUUUUUACAAAAUAUGUAUAUUUUUGUAAAGCAAAUGUACCAAUGUUUGAGAUUUGAGCCAUAAAAUGUGUAAACAUAAGCUUCAUAUCAUCUUGUAUAUCGAUCUAAGGUGCUUUUUUUAUUAUUAUCAGAAACGAUGUAGAGAUGUGUUGUGCAGACUCACACUCAAACAGUGAAAGGAAAACCACUGGGUGAAGUUCUCUCCUCCAGAUGUGACCUGUUUGGUUCCAGCAGCUGUUCAUCUGAGGCACUUGUACAGUUUGACCACACGGAGGCACAGUCGAAACAAAAACAUGGCGAACGAGCACAAAAUGUGUACAAAUGACAUGUUGUUGUUCAAACCAUUUAUUCUUCGUGUUUGUGUUGAAUCACUGCUACAGAAUAAAGUGUCUUUCUCA